AUGAAGGACCACAAUAUUAAAAUGAUCUCUUUAAAUAUAAGAUCCCUGAAUGAUAAACUAACUAUACUUAGGCAAAUUAUGAAAGACCAACAUUACGAUAUCCUCCUUUUACAGGAGACCCACCUUAAAGUAACUGAGGUAAGGAACCUCUUAGAUUACACCUUAUAUUGCAGCUCAAAUGCAGAACACGUAUGGGCAGGGGUGGCGAUUAUGAUACAUAAUAAACUAAUAAGAUUCGUAAGCUUCAACCCAAUUUCCAGCCGAAUAUGCUGCCUUACCCUAAACUUAGGAUACAAAAAAGUCCAUUUGUUUAAUAUAUACGCGCCUCACAAUGAUAGCGUUUUCUAUAUGGAAUUGGAAAAUGUCUUAAAGGAACUACCGCAUCGGGAUGGCAUCAUUCUAGCAGGUGACUUCAAUGCUUCGGUAGGUAAAUCUAAGAACUCUUCCUGCCUUGGAAACGCCACAUUAAUACAAAGCACGAACCCCAACGGUAAAAGGUUAAUAGAAAUCUGCGAGCUUUUCAACUUGAAAAUUGGAAAUACUUUCUUCAAUCAUCCAACUCAUCACAUCAUGACUUACAAGAGUCCUUCCUUUGGCACUACCUCACAGAUAGAUUUCUUUAUAAUUUCCACUAAAAUUUUCAAAUGGGUGAAAGACAUCAGGGCCUUCCAAUCUCUAAAACUACUCAACACCUUUAAAACCAAUCCUUUACCAAGACUACAAUUAAAUAACAACAAGAUUAUAACUGACCCUAAGGAACAAUUAGACUUAUGGAUAGACCACUACAUGAACCUCUACAAAACGAGAUGGCCUAGACCUAGAUGUGACUACCCCUUCCAAUCACCCAGUCAGAAUUUGAACAAGUCCGAUAUAGUCGGUGCCAUCAAACGUCUAAAAAUGCAUAAAGCUGCUGGAGCUGAUGGAAUUUUUGCAGAACUCUGGAAGAUAGAGGUAGACCUAAGUUCCAGCUUACUACUUCCCCUCUUUAGGGAGAUUAUUUUUAAUGUAAUAAUGAAUGAUAUCCUAAAUAAAUCCUUUAAACAGGAAUAUGCACUCAACACAUAUUACAGUGAUCAACAACACCUCAAUGAUAUGCACAACUCUUUAAACUUUCUAGGUUAUGCUGACGACGUAUGUAUUCUAGCCAACUCAGAAUACAAAUUAAGAAAUAUUUUAUCAUUAUUUGUCAACAACUGUGAUGGAUAUGGUUUAAGAGUAAACUACACAAAAACCAAGCUGAUCACCUCAAAUACUGAUGCGAGUAACUUAAACCCCUUAAUACGAUAG